UCGUGUCGCUUUGUAAAGCCGGCACUAAUCGGAAGUUCUUGUCUGCACGUAAAAGUGUUAAGAUGAAAGCGGUAGCUUUUCUCUGUCUUAUCUGCUUCACAUAUUUAUUAGCAGCUGAGAAAAAUACUGAUGAAAAGGUUGAAGAAAAAGAUAAAUGGAAGAAAAAGAAAUUACAAGACUACAGUGAAGCUGAUUUAGAAAGGUUAUAUGAUCAGUGGGAGGAGUCAGAUGAAGAUGAAUUAGAAGAAGAUGAAAAACCAGAAUGGAAAAAAGAGCCUCCGAAAAUUGAUAUGUCACAAAUAGAUCCUUCAAAUCCUGAAAGUAUGCUAAAGAUGAGUAAAAAGGGAAAAACACUGAUGAUGUUUGCCACUGUUUCAGGUGAUCCAACUGAGAAAGAGACAGAACAAAUUACCCAGUUAUGGCAGAGCAGUUUAUUUAAUGCUAAUAUAGAGACACAAAGGUAUAUUGUUGGAGCGAACCGUGCUAUUUUCAUGUUAAAAGAUGGAGGCAAAGCUUGGGAAAUCAAAGAUUUUCUUAUUCAACAAGAUAGGUGUCUUGAAGUCACUAUUGAUAACCAAAACUAUCCAGGAAAGGGAGCUAAAAAUGAAAACAAGACUGCUAAAAAAGACAAGAGUGCAACCAAGAAGGGAAAUAAAUCGCCAAAUGAUAUUAAAAAAGAAGAGCUCUGAAAGCAUAGACUACAGAAUGGUGAAAUCGAUAGUGAAGAAAUAGUACAUCAGUGUUGUGCUCGACAGUAUUACAUUCCUCAAGUGCCUUUCUACUUUGAUAUUGUGGUGUUAUUAAAUGUAGGCCACUGUGUAUUUAUUUGAAUAAUUAUCAAAAUUUCAAAAACAAACUAAACAUUCUAGCAGAACUAGCUCAGGGCAGGUGUGGUAGCAAAAUUUUAAAUAAUCAAAAACCUUUUGCCAGAAUAUUAUUAUUUGAGGGAUGAAGCUGGGCCCUACACUAGGUCCCAUUUUAGGCUUGGGAGUCCUCGGUGUAUACCUUAAUGCACUUAGAAAAAGAGAACAUUUAGUACUGGAUGUAGGCAUAAGCUAAGCAAGCUGCAGGAACCUCACGCCACAAGAGUCUCAAAAUUUCAAAAUUCUUUUUUGCUUUAAAAUUUUAUGUUACUUUUUAAUGUGUACUGUACUUUUGAAAAUAGCCUGUAUUGCAAAUUUAACACAGGGUUUCCAAUCUUUAUAUAACUCUGGGUUUCACAAAGUCUAAAUCUGGCACAGAUUAACAAAAAGAUUAAGUUUUGCAAUUUAUAAUAUGCAGUGACCAAAUUUUGACAAAUUUUUAUAAAACCAAGGAAGUAAAUAUUGAUGCCAAAAAUAUAUUUGUAUAUGAAUUCCAUAUAUUAAUGGUGUAUUCAAAUUGAUAACAGUUGUACUUGGAGAUGUUCAACUUUUUUGCCAAAGUUCCACCUAAAACUUUUCUUUUGACGGAUAGUAUAUAUGAUUUUUAUGUAAGAAAUAGUAGGUUGUGGAAAUAUAUUAUAUGAUAAUGGGGAAAACAGAUAACACAUAAACACAAAGAGUAAUAACUUUCGUCAGAAGUAAGGUUUCAAUUAGAUUUACCUUUAGGAAGAGACAAGAAAUUAAUCCAUCAUGAAAUUAAUGUGACCUAAAGAGGGGCGUUAUAAGUGUGUAUUGACCCCGUUUCACUGUAUUCUUGACUUCUUGUAAUUUUAAACUACAGACUUGUUACCAGGACAGAAAUAUAAACCAUUUCAUUCAUUAUUAUUAUCUUAUUAAUCACUUUUGAUGAGAUAACUGAGAUAAAAAAAAUACAUAUUGAUAUUCUUAUUUUACAAAACUGGGUAGAAGCCUGGGUAAAACAUUAUGUAUGAAUCACUUCUGAAAUCCUCCUAAAAUUUAUAAUGGACUCAAUAUUUGUUAUUCAUACUAUCAAAUGUAUAUUAUAAUUGUAAUCCUUCAGAAUAAAUAUUAGUUUAAUAUGGGGAUAUAAAACAUCAAUUAACCCUUUGGACACUGACACCCUGAAUGACAUUAAGACAUAAUCUCCCAGGGUAAAAAUGGACCCACAUUUUUUUUGUAAUAUUAUGAACCCUUAGGACAAGAGUGGCCGAAAAUCCGCCUAAAGCAGCCAGUAUAUUGGCUGUCACAGGUACCUGUUCGUUAUGGAUUGUUCAAAGGGUUAAUAUUUCAUAAUCAUGUCAUUUUUAUUAUCUUUUAAUUCAUUUUUUUUGAUAUUAGUAGAUCUGAUAGCUUUCCUAUUUUGUUAUGUUUGAAAUAAAAAAAAUUCUAUUAAAAACGUAA